AUCGCCGCUUUUGGGGCUUGGGGAGAAGGCGGCGCCGGCUGCUGGUCUCUAAGGAAGGGGCUAAAAGGAGUCAGGCGGCCGUGUGUCCAUCCCUGGGCGCCCGGGGUGGUCCAGCCCGCGGAGUGCGGUUGCGUAGCAACGGGGCACGCGCGCGGUGUCUCCCGCCCUGGCGGGGCCGGGAUGCGGGGAUUCACUCUCGGUGUCGGGAUGUAGCCUUAAGCGUUCCUGAAGGGGCGGUAGCCCUGAAGGAGCACCAGGUGCAGAGCCUCUUCCCGCCCCGUGGCCCGGCAGUGGGAGCGCAGAGGCGAUUUCCGGGGCUCCUCAGCACAGAUACACCUAAUAAAGAAUUCCCACCUGUCCCGCCUCAGCGAAAGUCCGCCCGUGUGAGGGGCUUUUGUUGUUUCCUUUUUCCCCUUCCCAUAGGUGUUGCAGUGGUCAGUGCUCACUCGGCAGCGUCCCUGGAGCUGCAGCCUGGGUUCGAUCCCUGUGCCUUGGGAACGUGGCAUUGGAAGAACCAGUCUGCCAGUGGGUGUAUCUAUUGGAGGUCCGUUGGGUGUAUCUGGUUGGAGGAAUUCUGCCAACUUCUUGUGGAGAACCAGUUUCAUUCAGUAGUACGUGUGGUAUGCCUCCUGGGACAUCCAGGUGAUCCCAAAAGAAGCAAAAAAUAAUGGAGAAAGUAGCCAGACUAUCAGAGGGGUCCUUUCAAGGAAUCAGACUCCCCCCUACUCCUCCUGACAAGGUCCUUUCACUGACCUUUCAGCUCUUGCUGGCUUGGGGAGCUUGGACAGCUGCAAUGCACACGUGGCCACUGCUGCUCACGCUGCUGUUGGAGAGCCAGGGGCAGAGGGCCUGGGAGGGAGCCAGCAAGAUUGAUGUGCCUGCAUUGCUGAGGAGUACCUGCUCCUGGGGAUGGGAGAGGCAGCUCCAGGACCCCCACCCUCCCUCUCUUCUGCUGCCUGUCUCCGAGCUGUGCCUUGUCCUGAGAAAUGGGUGUCUUUUCCAGGUAAGCUCCAGGUCCAUCUCACAUGUCCAGUGUUGUCACACUAAUAAAGAUUCCCAUGGCUCUCUGCUGCCAAGAUGUCCAAUGACAUACCUUCCUGUUUGCGCAUGGAACCCAGGUCCUCUUUGUGCACCCUUGAUAUCCUCAGCAAAGAGUAAUUUCAUUGGUUCAUCCCCAGAGGUGUCCAGUUUAGUGAGGGGGGCCCGUGUGUUGGCAAGGAGAGAAACUGAUGGCUAUUACUACCUGGGCCACAUUGCCCAAGAGGUGAAGGGCUCCAGGGAACGCUUUGUAAUUGAGUUUGACAAAAGUCGUGCUCGGAAAGGCAAGGUACAGCUCCGCCUGCAGGAAACGCCUCUCUACGACAUUCUCCACUACGAGGAUGCCAGGAGACGGCGUCUGGCUCCGGGAGACAGGGUCUUGGCACCGUGGGAGGCUAGAGCUGAACGUUUUGGCCCCGGCACUGUGCUGAAGGUUGUGGAGAGCAAGGAGGCACAUUUAGCACACAACAGAAGUGGAGUGCUUGUGAAUUUCUGGAAUGGGCAGACCAAGGAGGUGUCUUCUGACCAAGCUCUGCAGAUUCCUCUGCCCUUAAGCGAACGGAUCAUCCUAGAACUGCAGAUGCCUUUAGCAGCCAGGCAGAUGGUGGUAGAUUCAAGCUUACACUACCCAUACAUUGUGACACCGGGUUAUAGAGCCUCAGGCCACUACAGACUGGGUCACUCAGACCUGGACUGCUGGCCAGGGGGUCUGUACUCAGCUCAUCUAUGUGCUAAGUGCAGCUGGGAGUGUACCUCGCUCCCCCGGUGCUGCCUGGCAGCCUGGGAACCCACGCGGCCUGUAGGGUGCAAAGUGCAGCAGGAAAAUGCCUUCAUCCCAGGAACAGGCUUGGCUGAAGAAGUACUCAGCAAGAAAAUAGAAGAGGAACUGUCUGAACUGAGAAUUACAUCUUCAGAAAGUGUUUCCAGAGAGGAAGAGAAAAAGGAAGAGACGAGAUUAGAGACAGAAAAUGUUCCAAAAGACGUUUGGUCUUGUUUGGAAGAGGACAAUGAGUUUAUAGAACCUAAGAAGGGUGCUCAGAGGGAGAUGGCUCGUGCUAUGGUUGAUACCGCCGUUAACACAGACAGCUGGUUAAUGGAGACAGAUCACAAGGAGGAACCAGAGAGCAGGCAGCAGGAUGCUGAAACUGAAGCUCAUUUUAAACACGAGCAUGGUCUUUUUGAGUCCAGAGUGGCAGAAGCUCCAGUCCAGCAUUCCCCAAGGAGCCCUUCCCUGGGAACCAGUGCUUUGGUUCCUUUCAGGCGCCAAAGCUUCUUUGACCAAGUGAAUCAAUCGCUAGAGAAAGACAGCCUGACCAUCGGAUCAGCUCUGCGUGUACAGAGACCACACAGUACCACCAAUGUGCUGGCUAGGAGAUCCACAAAACUUCUAAACCUUCUAAAACACAAAAGCAUUACAAAAUCAAUCCUUAAUGGUGCAUCUCAGGAGAGAUGGAAAGAGAUGGGCUUCGACAGAGCCAAGACUGAGCACAAAAGGAGGAAAGAGGAACAGAGGCAGCUGAAAAGGGAGCAGCAGCAUGAGGCAGAUGGCAUCCAGCACCAGCUGCACAAGGACAACCAGAGGCAACAGUUGCGUCAGAGAACAUUGCAAGGGCUGGAGAAACAGCUGGAGCACAAAGAGAGAGCUUUGCAGCACAUGGCACUGCUCCAGGCUGCUGGGGCUGAGAGGAGCAGGAAGGAAUCCUCCUUUCAAGAGGAGGGGAAGAGGAAGGCAAGUCAGAGGCUUCAGUUCUUAAAGACACAGCGUUCACAGAGAGAGGAGUUGCAGGCAGAAUGCAAUGAAAGGAGCUUUGAAAGAAAAGCUGGAGUUUCUGAGGAGUUUCUGCAGUCACAGCAGGAAAUGUUGGAACAAGAACCACGGGAGCAGGACAAGCAACAAAAACAGCACCAGGCUGCCAAAGUGAGAGUGUUCCAGAGCAGAGACCGAAGAUCGGAAGAUGGAAAAAGAAGACCAAAAAACCCGUGACCUCCAGCAGUACCUCGGAGAACAGUCCCUUUUGCUGCUUCGGGCAUCCCUGCUAGUGUAAGGAAGCUGCCGAGUAGGGGAGAGGCCCUCGAGCAGUUCACACACCUGGUCUUUGUCUUGUAGGUGUGACUCAGUGUGCUACAGUUGUGACAAGUGGAAUUACAAUUCCCGGAGAGGUCUUUAAUCUCUCUUUCAUUGCAGCCAGAGUGCAUGUCCACUGCUCUGUGCUUUACAUGCCUUUCUUUCUGGAGUUACUAUUCUGGUUCACCAGCCUGGGCCUCAGGUAAGUACAGAUCUUCUACUGUCAGGGUGUAGGUACUGCUUGAGAUGUGUUGGCCACUCCUUUAGAGGAGGAAUGACUUUUAGAAGCCCAAAAUAGAAAGUGGUGUGGGGGGUUUUGUUUGGUUGGUUUUUGUUUGGUUUUUUUAAUGACAAGCUCCCCUUUCUAGGCACUGUGAUGACAAAAAGGUCUGAUCUGUGAAAUAACUGUCUUUGGAGAGUCACCAAACCCAACGGUGGGCUUGGGUUUCUGUUUGGCCUACAGUCUCACUGGCAGGCUGGCAGUCUCCAAAGCGGGUCAGAAAGAUGCUCGGAUACCUUUUCAGGUAGGGCCCUUGCUUAUGACAACCACACCUUUUGCUCUUUGUGAAUAAAUGAAGAGAAUGUUACAAAGACAAAUGAACUGGUAAAUUGAUGGUUAACAAAAUACAGUGGCUGUGUCACAGGGAAUGCUAUUAUCAGCUCUGGGUAACCAGAAAUGUACCUGUUCUUUUCAGAUGGGUAUUUAGGGAAGGAGAAUGGACGUGGCACAGUUUAUUUGCUGGAACACUCAGGGCUAUGUGGAAGUAUGUUCUUAUCUUACACAGAAUUAUGCUAAAAUAAAUACAAUAUAUGUGAUACCUUGUUUCGAGUAAUGCCUGGAACCAAACUAGAUACAAAAUUUAAAUGUUGUUGCCUGACAUUCUGUGUACACUUAGAAACAUGUUGCACGUUUUGUGGCACGCUGCUCAACAAAAAGUGUGACUAUAAAAAUGUAUGUCUUUUGCAAGAAUACAGCACAAGUGAUAAUUGCAGUUCCUUAAGAAAAAAAAAAAAAAGUAAAAUUAAGAAAACUUGUAAAAGGGAGCUCCUUUGAAAUCCUGCCAGCAGUUUCUUAGAAGUAAGUCUCAGACUGCAUUCCUCUAUGGAUAAUGGAGAGGCUAUGCCUUCAGCUUUCCCUUAAAAAGACAAAGUUAAGUCUCUCAUCCAGAUGUUUACAAACUAUUCGGAAGCCUUAAUAGCUGAAAGGGGUAUUUUUAAACUUUAGGAUCCAUAAUAUGCCAUCCUCAGAUUUUUGGGUAUUUUUUAAAAAAAGGGGAAAGGAAGAAUGAUCCUAAAUACCAGGUGAGGGCUUUGACAUUUUGUUUGUUUAACUUAAGGUCUGGAAAAAAUAUAACUGCAUGUUAUGGAAACUGCAUGUGAUGCACAGUUUUGCAUUUCAGACAUGGAAUUCCGUCAUUUGGUUUACACUCUGUUUAGGCUCUGGAAAAGUUGGCUGGAAGUUGCUCAGCAGGAACAGGGGUGGUUGUGCCCAAGACCUGCAUAACUUAUGGACGAGGCCCAGGCUGUGCCUGGCACCUCUAUCCCGAGCCAAGUGGAAAGGGAAGAGGGCACAUGCCCCACUGAUGGAAAGUGGGUGCUGGCAGUGCAUGGAGAUUUUCUUUAGUGUAUUGCUUUGGCGUUGCUUGCUUUUCUUCUUGUUUGAGUUCUCUUCUACAUAAAAUCAUGUGCUAGUCAGGACAAUGGUGUGCCUACUUAUGACUUUAGGUCUAACUAGACUUAGAGAAACAAGUCUAAAGCUUAAAAGAUACUAAACUCUACUGCUGUUUCUAUCCUUAAGCACUUGGAAAUAGAAUAUGCAGUGAUUAAAGGAAAGUACGUGAAAUAUAUUGAGCUGAACCUAAACUUAUUUUUCAGACUUCAUUUAUGUGCCAUUAACCUUUACUUUAUAAUCACCAUAAAACAGCAGAUUGUCUGCUUAUGUACUUUCUCUUCAUUGCUUAACUAUCUGAGAACAGACCACUGCA